AUGGUCUUCCCUGGAGACCUUCCACCAGGCACACAGGUGGCCCUUCGCAUCCGUCCCAUCAACGAAGCAGAAGUGGAGGAGGGAGCUGCCCUCGCCGCCCGCAGCGUGGGUGAGCAGAGGGUGGUCCUGAUGGAUCCGAGUGAAGAUCCAGAUGACAUCUUGCGAGCUAACAGAUCCCGAGAAAAAACAUUUGUAUUUGACAUGGUUUUUGAUCAUAGAGCAACCCAGGAGGAAGUAUAUGUGUCCACGACCAAAAGCCUGAUAGGAGGAGUCAUUUCUGGCUACAAUGCAACCAUUUUUGCAUACGGUCCAACAGGAGCGGGAAAAACCUACACAAUGCUAGGGACGGACUGUGAACCAGGGAUCUACAUCUGUGCUCUUGAUGACCUCUUUAAGGCCCUUGAAGCUACCACCGAGGAGAUGGAUUACAGAGUCUCCAUGUCCUACCUGGAGAUCUAUAAUGAAGUGAUCCGUGACCUCCUGAACCCAUCCUCGGGGUUCUUAGACCUGAGAGAGGACCCCAGAGGCAGCAUCCAGAUAGCAGGAAUUACGGAAGUCUCCACUACAAAUGCUCAGGAGAUCAUGCAGCUGCUAAUGAAGGGAAACAAGCAACGCACCCAGGAACCCUCUGCUGCCAACAAGGUGUCCUCCCGCUUGCACGCCGUGCUGCAGGUGACGGUGGCGCAGCAAAGCCGAAGGAAGGUGAUCGGCGAGGAAGUGCGAAUUGGGAAGCUUUUCAUGGUCGACUUGGCAGGGUCGGAGAGAGCGGCCCAGACUCAGAAGCAGGGCAAGAGGAUGAAGGAAGGAGCCCACAUCAACCGCUCGCUGCUGGCUUUGGGCAACUGCAUCAACGCUUUGAGUGAGAAGGGGGGGAGCCGGGCCCAGUUUGUCAAUUUUCGAGACAGCAAACUCACGCGCCUGCUGAAGGACUCAUUAGGGGGCAACAGCAGGACUGUUAUGAUCGCACACAUCAGCCCAGCCAGUACCUCCUUUGAAGAAUCUCGAAUGACCUUGAUCUACGCCUAUCGAGCAAAGAACAUCAAGACCCAGGUAAAAUGUAACCUGCAGAACGUCUCCUACCACAUCGACCAAUACACCAGCAUCAUCGCAGACCUCCGCAGGGAGAUCGAGUGUCUCAAGGCAAGGGUCGAAAACCAGGAGAAGGAGAAAAAUGUGGUCAGCUCCAACCUUGGGGAUCUGCAAGCAGAGAGGCACCAAGGCUCUGAGGCACACAGUGGCCAAGUACUCAACACCUUGCGAGUGCAGCUGAUGGGGGCUUUCAGGGAGCAAAUGGAGAUGCAGCGCAGCCUGAUGGAGCUGGAAAACACCAACACUGAGCUGCACGUUGAUACCUGCAGGCACCUCCUAAAAAUGACGGACUGGGAACAAGAGAGAGCUCAGGGUGCACACAAGUGUGACAAGCCCUCAAAGGAGCAGAAAGAUGAAAACACAGAGGAGGAAGACGGGGAAGUGGAUAUCAUAGAUUCACCCAAACCUCGUGAAGUUCCAGUAGCAAGAGAAGAGGUCAACCUGCUGCUGGCCGAGCAGGGCAAGAUGGCAGCCCUGAAGACAGAGCUGGACCAGCAUUUAGCAAAUGCCAAGGAAAAAACUUCCCAGAUGGAAGAGUUUUUCCCCAGACAAAUCACCAAUGAGGAUCAGCAGGAGGUGCUAAGGCUUCUCUGCAGAGCCCAUGAGCUUGAGCUUAGCAAUGCAGAGCUGCAGGCAAGUGCACUGUACAAGGAGAAUCUACUGCGCCAGGAUUUUGUGAUCCAGCAACUGCAGCAGCACAUGCUACUCUGUGAAGAAAUUAUUCAGCAGCAGCAGAUGCUGAUAAAAGCCCAGAACAUUCCUGUCCCAGAGACACUGGCAAGGUUACACCACCUCUUGGAGUUGGAGGAGGGGACGCAGAACCGCCUGCUUCUGCUACAUUCGGUGAUGUCCAGCAUGCUCAGGCCCCACAACAGCCCGUCUCUGGGUGUAAGUCAGCAUCUGGAUCUAAAUAAAGAUGAGGUCAGAAAGGGUCUACCUGGGAACAUGAAGGAUCUUCCCUGGGGGGUGAAGUUUGACAUUCCCUCCAUCCCCCUUGAGUCAGACAGUGGCAGUUGCAGAUCAUCUAAAACCACACCCUGUAGGAAGCAGGGGUCUCUGGAUACCCAUCUCAGCCCAACUUUCUCUGUUUUGCCAAAAGGCCCAGUCCAGCAGCAGAAACCAACAGGUGUUGCUGCAGAAAAGAUGAUUCCCAGAUUGCGUUCCCCCACCUUGCUAGACUUGCGUGGGAAAAAGUCGCCUGCAGACAUUGCUGCUGUUCCACUGAGUCUGGAGACCUUGAAGGAAAUUGCUGCCAACACCAAAAGCAUCUCCCUCAUUGCAGCCAGUCGCCGUUCCAGAGCCCAGCACAGAGACCUUGGGAGCAAAGUCUCCUCAGCCCGCUUCUCUAAGGAGGAUAUGCUUGAGCUCAAGUAUCUAGAGGCCGAUUCCACCCCAGACUGUCAGACAAGAGACAGUGCAAGUAUCGGGAGUUUGCUGUCAGAGCCCACAGCUGGCAGCCAGCUGUGCUGCCCAGCCAGGGGGGUGCUGAAGAACAGGAGAGACCAGGAGAUGUCUGCUGAGAGGAUAGCCAGAAAGAAAAGAUCUCGCUCUCUUGAACCAAACUCCCACAGAAUCUCGAAAGCAAAGCAUUGGACUCCCUCAACCCCCAAUACAGACAAAGCUGGUGAGAGCCACCUGCACCAAGCUAGACUCUUCCGUCAGUCAAAAGCUGUGAGUAGCGUACCCAUUGCCGCAAAAGUCAAGGUUCCUAUCGGCCACCAUUCAGAGGGGACUCCGCUAGAGGUGCUGCCAAAAAUCAACGCUCCUACAAGCACCAUCCAGCAGAGCAAUGCUGAUCGCAUCAAAGGACGGGUCCUACAGAAGCAAGUCAAGGGGCCUGCAGAUGGUGCCAGCAGUCGGCAAAAGCAGCAGUCGGUCACCCGCUCGGGGAACUACCCGAAGAUGAAAUAGAAGCCACUGGGGGAGCAGACACUCUACAGCCCCAAGGGAUUGCAAUUUUGAGACUGCUGGAAGUCGGCAAAGCGGGUGUGGGGGGAGUGUGCCUUAAAAUAUAUUUUAGCCUCUGUGUUGUGAUGCUGAAAAGCAGAGGGAAGGCUAGCGGGGGGGAGAGGAACCUUUUACCCUGUAGAUUACUUUUUCCAUAUCCCUACUGCAAGUCUUUCCCCUCUGUACUGCGUGCUCUAGCUGUUAGCUUCUGUUUAAAACAAAUAGGGUCUUAACAGCAUCCAAGAGGAAAACCUCAUUUUCCCAGCAUGUCUUCUCCUCCCAGAAAAUGUCAGCAUGGAUCCCGAGCCGCCUUUUUACCCGGGGCAAAAGUCUGGAUGCCACCCAUGCAUCCAAAAGGCUCCCUGACUAUUAAAACCAACUGUAAAUGCCUGAGAAAUAGUUUCCCCUUUCUUCCCCGCUGUCCCUGUGUGUUGCUGUGAAGCUGGGAGGUGUAACGCACGCCUGGAAUGCUGUUUGGGUGAGCAGAUGUUUGGCUGUGAGAGCAGCUCGGGAUUGCUCUAAGCUCUUUUCCAUCUACAGAACAUUUCAGAUCUGACUGCAGCCAGGAGAAACAGCAUGGUGAUAGGUAAAGACCUUGAUAAGAGCUAGCCUGGAGGUAAACUGCAGGAAUGUUUUUCUUUUUGGAACAAAUGUCUCCAGCCUUUUCCACAAGGGCCUUUUUUUGGA